AUGGCGACUGAGAGCUCGAAGAAGAAGAAGCUUCUAUUGGAAGCGACUUGCUCCCUUUGCCUUGAGUACUUCGCUGAUCCGGUAACUCUCAACUGUGGGCAUGUUUUCUGUCACGACUGCAUCACGAAGAGCUGGAACGAGUCUUCUGUGCAUGCCGUGUGCCCUCAGUGUAAGGAGGCGCUUCCUCAGCUGAUCUUCAAACGAAACCGGCGACUGGACAAUGUUGUUAGAUUGCUGAAAGAGCUGAGCGAACGGGAUGGAGGAGGCAAGAUCUGUGAGAUGCACCAAGAGCGCUCCGAACUCUUCUGUAAGACGGACCAGGCCUUCAUGUGCUCUGUCUGCGACCGAUCCAAGGAGCACCAGACCCACAAUGUCCUCCCUGUGGAAGAAGCUGCCCAAGAGUUUAAGGGGCGAAUGGAAAAGGUGAAGGUAACCAUAGAGAGCCAGUUCCACGAACUGCACUGUUACCUCUAUGAUCAAGAGGACCGUCUACUGUCCGAGAUGGAGGAGAUAGAGGAGGAGAUGGAGGAGAAGAGGAAUGAGCACGCAGACAGGAUCUCCCAGGAACUCACUUCUCUGGAGGAAAUCAUCUGGGAGCUGGAGGAGAAGUGUCAGCAGCCAGCGAGUGAACUCCUGCAGGACGCUGAUACUACCUUGCAGAGGUUUGUGACGAAGGAGAUGUUUAGCAGUCCGGUGGUUUAUCCUCCUGCAUUGAAAUGGGACCUCUGGGAAGUGUGUGAUUUCAGCGCCACUCUGGAGAAUGUUGCCAGACAAGUGAAAGCAAAUGUGACUUUGGAUCCAAACACGGCUCAUCCCAAGCUUGUCCUUUCUGAAGAUUGUAAAAGCCUGAGACUGGGUGACAAAGCUCUGGAUCUGGUCAACAGUGGCAAGAGGUUUGACCAGUGCCUCUUUGCGCUCGGACGUGAGGCGUUCAUGGCAGGUCGCCAUUACUGGGAAGUUGUGGUGGGGAGCAAGGAUGGCUGGGGCCUGGGCGUGGCCAGGAGCUCUGUGAAGAGAAAGGGCAUCGUCUCCUUAAGCCCCGCAGACGGCAUCUGGGCCAUGGCAAAAUGGGGGGAUCAGUGUGCGGUCCUCGUCCCCCCCGAUUUCCCUUCACUGCUUGUGGAGUGGGAACUCAAGAGGAUCCGCGUGUGUCUGAAUUACGAGGGGCGGCAGUUGGCUUUUUUGGAUGCUGACAGAGGGACCUUGCUUUAUGCCUUCUCGGGCACUUCCUUUUCCGGAGAGCCCCUUCACCCCUUCUUCUGGCUUCAAAGAAAAGCCCAGCUCUCUCUUUCCCCUUGA